GCCUUGUAACAAAAAUCAAAUUCAUUCCGUGCACUGAUAAGAGGUUUGAAAGUCACGAGCAUCUCUCUUGCGUAUGUUGAAGAGUUUGUGAAGGAUAAUCUACUUCUGCGAUUGGAGAUAGAUAUAAGCCAAUAAUUCCAAGGCACCGAUCACAAGUAUUGUUUGUGGAACAGGUAAGCCACUGCGCCGAUUCAGUACAGGCAAGCAGAGUAGUACAUAGGACCUAUGUAAAGACGAAUAGUCAGGACGAAUCGUACUGCUCCCCAUUCCUUCCACCAAACGCAACCUCCACAGCCCAAUUAAUUCGCGAGCAUCUCUUGACAUCAAAGGCUCAUUACUGUUCGAAUAACUACUCACAGAUGUCGCGCAUGAUCACCACGGCAGAGAAAUACGGGUUUUCCGGGCGCGGGGGAGUAGACUGGUCUACGUACGCAGCCUACCGCCCCGUCUACCCGCCUUCUUUCUUCCAGCGAAUAUACGCGUACCACAGCGCGAAGCCCCAAGCAGCCUGGUCCCAGGCCCACGACGUCGGGUCCGGGGCCGGGAUCGUGGCUGCCGGCCUUGCGGGCAGGUUCGACCGCGUGGUCAUGUCAGAUCCGAACGAUGGAUACGCAGCGCUCGGGCACAAAAUCCUAGUCGACGAGCUGGGGAUCCCGGCGGCAAAGCUCGUGUUCCUGCAGGAGGGCGCGGAGAAGAGCUCUAUUGCGUCGGACUCUGUAGACCUAGUCACCGCCUGCAAGAUGCUCCACUGGACCGACACAGUUCUCGCCGUGGACGAAUUCCACCGCCAGCUCAAGGUUGGCGGGACUGUCGUGAUCACAUACUACUCACGGCCGCGGAUCGUGGGGAACGCGGCUGCGCAGCAAGCCUGGCGAGACAUCUUCGGCGCUUUCGCAGAGAAGAUCGGGGCGAUGGGCGCGCUUUACGACCGGGGGCUGAGGAUCGUCAACUCCGGGCUGGAAAGCGUCGAGCUGCCCGAGGCGAAGUGGAGGGGGGUGAAGCGGAUUUAUAUCAACACGGGAGGAAGUGUGGAGCCAUUCGCACUCGACGAUCGGACGGCUGAGAGCAAGGUUGGAGAAGGCGACGAGAAGAUAUGGGAAGAAGACGACAAAGAUUGGAUGGAUGUCAAAGGCAUCGAUUGGUUCAAGCCCUAUUUUGCUACGUGGACUCCUCAGAUCCCUGAUGCGGAGAUCCAGUGCCUUUGGGACAAGCUAGAGGUUGCCUUGAGCGGUCAGAAUGUUAGGGUCGAAACACCAGUUGUGCUGAUCUUUGGUACUAAAGCGUAAUGUGUUUUAGAUGUCGUCCGGGCCACAUUCCUGAGUUGUUCUCGAGCUAGGCAUGGUAACGACUUUUAUAUAACUUCUACGGAAUCUGAUUAUUCUCAUCUCUGUUUUUUUUCCCUCGAUAUAUAUUCGAUGGAAAUAACGAGCCUGCGAUUCUAAUUGGAAAUACCUACGUCAUAAGUCCCUUCUAAACUGAAGCUCUGAAACACGAUAGCUCCUUAAGGUUACCUUUCAC